AUGCCUGUCACAAAGAACUCGGGGAAGUAUCUUGGCGUGCCACUAAUUCAUGAAAGGAGAAAGUGCAAGGGGUUGGAAAGCAAAAUUGUUGAAUAUGGCGGUACAGGGAUAUUCAAAGCAUCUAGGAAGAAAGGACGAGCGCUGCGGAUAUGGCUAAAACAGCGGAUACGUUCUAAACCGAUUCUUUCACAACUUAUUAGAUCACCCCCGGCAAGGAAAGAGAUAUUCAAUCAACCAAGCAAAGAACCGAUACCACUACCACAGUCUUCACCAGGAAGGAAGAGAGUCGAGACAGAAAGCCAAGACAGUCAUCCAGGCAUUGGUUACAGACAGGCAGACCAGAGAUCGAAAGAGUCAAAGCCAAGGAGGAAAGGGAAAGCCGAGAAGACCGUAUUCAAUAGGACCGGUUAUGAACCCAAGAGCGGAUAG